GAGCCUGAGAACGGAUGUUCUUGUGCCGAGGUCUAUAUCUUUCUUAUACUUUGUGAUCAAACGCGGGCGCUUGCUGACUACCCUAGCCUGUUAGUCAUGGCACUAUCACUCCCCUCAGCCUACUUCAUUGCUUUGGGGCUUGAAAUUCUUCUAAAUGGAAUGUACACUAGCCUUUUCAUCGCCUCGAUGUAUCUUCUAUUAAUGAAGAAGAAAAAGACAAAGGUCAUCAUGGCUAUGACCGUUUUGAAUUGUAUCAUGUGGGCGGUAGCGACGUCCCAUAUGUCCGUCAGCUUUGAACAGAACUACUUUGCUUUUUUGAAGCAACAUGCCGCAGAAGGUGGCGAUGUCUUCGAAGACAAUGCCUCCCCGACGAUUUAUUCGCAGCUAUCUUUGGAGUCGAUCAAUAUUGUGAUUGGCGACAGUAUCGUGAUAUGGAGAGCAUGGACUUUAUGGAGUCGAAAGACCUGGGUGAUAAUAACAUCGGCGACACUUCUUACGGGCACAGCAGCGGCUGCCGUGGGACUUGUUAGAGCAUUUGCGACCGCUCCUCCGGGGAUCAGUGUCUUCAAUAACCCCAGUCUAAGUUCGUGGGCAAUAGCCUUCAUCGCCUCUACGCUGGUAACGAACGUCUGGGCCACUUCUCUCGUAGCUUAUCGUACUUGGUCACAUAGCAGGAUAAUCCGUGAAAUCACAGGAGAGGGCCUCAUGGAUAGAUUUCGUAGGCAGAACGGUGUUAUGGCCAUACUUAUCGAGUCAGGCGUUUUUUAUUCUACCACCUGGUUUAUUGCGAUCAUCGCCUUUAUCUGCGGGAACAAUGGAGUCUACAUCGUAGUAGAUAUGCUUUCGCAGCUCACGGCCAUCUACCCCACUCUGAUCAUCACUCUCGUUUGCCUACAAUCUACCCUUGAGGUCGCUAUAUCGACAUUCGACCAGACAACACAGACCAAUCCCGAAUGGGCCGCAAGAAGUGCCUUCCGACGCAGGAGACGCAACGGACCAAGCAUAGUCACGGGCACAUCAAUGGCCUAUCCGAUGCAACCUAUGAAAAUUGGAAUGCAAACAACGACUCACACAUCUACUAGUGGGCAACCAGACUUCGAAAGUACAGCUGAGGAACUCGCCGUUGAUGGGAAACCUCGAAGUCUUUCUGGUGAUAAUGGCGGGGAUGAUGGUGAUAAGAACAUGUCGCAUGCUGUCUAAACGCAUAAUUUG